UUUCCAAUCCAAAAAGAAUUUCCAAUCUUUCCUAAAUUGUUAUUGUUUCGUUUACUUCGUUUUCUUUUUCUUGCUUAUUGUUUUAUUUGAAUAAUAGAUGUGGGACAUACAAGAUGUUGGAAUUGUUACCAGAAGAUGUGCUCAUUAUAAUUUUAAGGAAAUUAGACUUCAAGUCACAAUCUAAUCUUUGUGAGGCGUUGAAAAGUAUCAGAAGGAUUUUUAUGGAAUAUAAAAUUACAAAAGAGUGUGAUCUAUCUCUGAGUACUAGUGCCACUGUAAAGACUUUACGAACACAAUUCUUCAAAAUCAUAGCUCCUCAUUUAUGGAAACUGAACUUAUCUGCAGAAAAAUUUGAUGCAACAGUAAAAAACAACUUCCCCGUUCGUGAUAAUGGCCACAUAAUGUUAUGGAUGAAGGAUGCUCAUACCUUUGAUGAAGUAUUCUUUAAACAAUUACAUAAAACAAUUAGGCAGUUCUUAGUGUACUUCACUCUGGACACCUGGAAUUCAAACUGCAUACCCAACUAUGAUAGAUUUUGUAUCACGCCUAGAGAGAAUGAUAGCUCUAGUACCCAAUCGAGUGUGGAAGUUGGUUUUAAAAGAAAAAGAAUAGUAAAAGAAAACUAUGUGCUAGAUUAUGAUAAGUACUUUCAGGAGAAAAAUGAAGUAGAAUUGAGUUUAAUGUUUUCUCUGUAUGUGCUAAAAACAGCGAUAACUUUUAACAGUGAGUGCGAAUAUUUAAAAAAGUUGACCUAUUUGAGCUUAGUGGGUGCAGAAAAGUAUACGGCAACUUUUUUCAAUACAUUGUUUCGGUCAUGUAUAAAACUGGUGACACUAAAUGUCGCUAUAGGCAAUUUGAAUGCAAAUGAUGUAGUCAGAUCGGCUCCCUUGAGCCAUACCAUAAAGAAUCUAAGGAUUGUUGCAAAAAUGAUUGAUUUCAAUAGUGUGUUGACAUCAUUGAGUCAAUGUCCGUCUUUAGAGAAUGUUCAUAUAGUUGAUUUAAGCAUUACCUCUUCAAGUAUGAUUUUUGAUCCUACGACUAUCGUACAGAAGUGUGUUAAUCUAUACUGUGUACACAUAAUAUAUGCAUUUGAACUUUCAAAGAAUAAACAAGCAAAACAAUUGAAAAUAAUUGAAGAUAUAAAAACUAAAUUUCAUAAACCAUAUUUAAGCUUUAAACUUUUUAAUUCUACUGGAGUUUAUCAUGAAUCCAAGCCUUUUAUUGAUGUUUUUAAGAUUAACUGA